CUGGCUGCGGGUGAACUUCUCGUCGACACGCCACUUCACUUCAGUUUGUUUUGGACUGGAUACGAGGACCAGCGCAGACAUGUCUCCCAUGCACGGACCGUUCGUCCUUCUCUUUCUUCACGUGAGCCUCCUCAGCAGCAGCGCCUGGGCCAAGGUGUCGCUGAAUAUGAAUGAGAGUGCUGAAGUGUACCUGGGCGACUCGGCUGAGAUUCCCUGCCACUACAGCUUCACGGACACCGACAAUGAGCCCAGCUUUGUCAUGAUUCAGUGGUUUGUGAGAGGUGUUGGUAGCUCUCGUACGCGGAUCUACUACUUUGACAACAAGCAGAACAUGGCGGACAGCAACACCGACUACAGCGGGCGCAUCAACGUGACUAAAACCCAGCAGGGAACUCUGCUCACCAUCCAGGACGUCCAGCUCUCGGAUGAGAGGGAAUUCUUCUGCCAGGUUAAUGGACUCGCUGCCGGGAGCGCCGAGGGCAAGACCCACCUCAAAGUGUUUGCUCCUCCGGAGUCUCCAGUGAUCGAGGGUGUCCUUACUGGAAUAUCUGUGACCAAAGACGUGCCGUCCAAGGUGGCAUCGUGUGAGGCAAAGAACGGCUUCCCUAAACCCAACAUCACCUGGUACAAAAACGGCAUGCCACUGGAGUCUACGCCAGGACACGUAAACGUGCUGAUUCUGACCUGGGAGUCCAAGGGCCUUUACUCCGUCCAGAGCACACUGGAGUACAAGGUGACCAAGGAGGACAAGGACUCCCACUUUUCCUGUGAGGUCAGCUUCUUCGUCCCCGGAGCGAUCAGAACCGUCGAGUCGAGCAGCAUCAACAUUACUGUCCACUACCCCACCACCAUGGUGGAGCUGUGGAAGGAGUCGCCCCAGGGCCUGGUCAAAGAGGGGGAUACUGUGGAGCUGCGUUGCCAGGGCGAUGGCAACCCCCCGCCGUCCUUCAUUUUCAGUAGAGAACAAGACGUGGACAAGGACCUGGACAGCAGCGGGGACACGUUGAUCUUGUCACCAGUGUCUCGGAAAGAGAGCGGCAUCUACCAGUGUCGCACUCGGGGCUCUGACAGAAACACCGACGUCAAAGGAGAAAUGCAGCUCACUGUUCACUAUUUGGACCCAGCUGUGGUCGUGCCAAAAGAAUCAGAGUUUAUGCUCAGAGGAGAGGAUCUGACCGCAAGCUGCAACGCUCUGUCCUCCCUCAAAACAUCCACCGUCUGGUACAAGAAUGGGCAGCAGGUGGGGAAGGGCAACACGUUACACCUGCAGGACGCCACUUUUGAAACAACAGGAGAGUACACCUGUGAAGUGACCGUUCCCUCGCUGCCCGCGCUGCACACCAGCGGCUCCGUUCACAUCAUCGUUCAAGGUAGUCCACAACUGGUGGGUGGUGUGGACCAGGAGGUGCAGAUGGAGGAGGCAACAGGACGGAUGGUGAACCUGAGCUGUGAGGCUCGGGGUCAUCCACCACCCAGCAUCUCCUGGAGCAUCAUCGGCAGCCAGAACUGGUACGAGGUGGCGAGCAGAGCAAACGAGCACAUGACUCAGAGCGUGGUGUCGGUCAAAGUCACCUCGGACGUCAGCGCUCAGUGCAACGCGUCCAACGACAUGGGCACCGAGGUCAAGGCUUUCAGCAUCAAAGCCAUUCCCAGGGUCACCACAACUACUCCCUUCUCUCCUGCUGAAGGCAGUGGCGUGAUCAUCGUGGUGAUCAUACUGUGCCUGCUGCUGCUCGCCGUCCUCGGCAGCGUCCUCUACUUCCUCCACAAGAAGGGAAAGAUUCCCUGUGGACGCUCGGGGAAGCAGGAGAUUUCCAAAGAAAAGACGACCAAAGACGACAUCGUGGUAGAGAUGAAGGGCAGCACAAAGGCCGAGGACACUGUCCUCCUAAAGGCUGUCAACGGAGACCAAAAGGGCCCGAAUGACCAGUAAAGUCCCUGACUUCUCAGCGGUGGAAGAGUUCAGGACACGUUGAAAUGACAGUUGAGUGUGUGUUGGAGCGUUGACGGUUCCACUGAUCUGAGAUCGGCAGGACGACACCACAGACCUGGACAUUCUCCCGUCAUGUUUUGUUCAGUAUUCAGUAGAUUUACACACACACACACACACACACACACACACACACACACACACACAGGUGUGUAUUUCCCUUGAAUGAACGUUUGAUUCCUCAACAUUCUGUUUGUUUUUUCCAUUUGUUUCCUCAAAUAUGUUGGGCUGUUGUUCAGUGUGUUUGUGAUGACGCCUUUCACGCAUCAUCCACUUUUAUUGUUGUUGCUCUUCUUUUUUUUUUUUUAUGAAGUGUAUAUAUUAUAUAUAUAUUUUGUUAUUUAAGAUAUUUUGGCACUCAGAUUUUCAUUUUCAUGGUCGAGUCUGGGUCGCGUGCAUGUGGAUCCGCGUUCAUGAGACCAAAACUAAACCACGUGCUGCUCCUCGGCAGCUGCUCUUCACUGCGUGAUUCUGCUCUACUUUCGACGACGUUUGUAGAAAUUCAUGUUGAAAUUUAUCAGAAAAUUUAAAACAAAACCACCUAAAGUUUGAAAGUCACCGUCAUAAAAUCUCAAAACCAUCGAUCCGACGCGAUGGCAACCCUCUGCGAACUACUGUCAAGCCCUUGUACUGUUUGUAAAUACCUGUAGUGUACAGACGUGUUAGUGGAGACCUCUGACUGUUUCUGAAGUCAAGGAAGGUCAAAGUUUAGUGAUCUGCUGUGCCAGUUUUUGAGAACGCAUCAUACACUGAAAUGUUUUUGUUUUUGUUUCUUUGGUUUUUGCUCUGUGUGUUUUUCUUUGUGUUUCCACUGAGAGCUCGUGAGUCGGGCCUGGGGAAGAGUUUCAGUGUCGUGCAUGUUUGACAAGCUUCGUACUACAGAUAUUUGUCGAUGGCAAAGUGUCGGUGCAGUUAAUGAAUCAACAGGCAGCUGAAAGUUUUUAUAAUUCAUCACAAGGAAUAGUUAGUUUUCUAAAUUGUUGUUUUUCGACAGACUCUAACCUAAAACUGAUUGAUUUUGUUUUUAAUCUCACUCAAAUUUACAUUUAAUUUACAUUUAAAAUGAGACUUUUUUUAAAAACUUACCCAAGAGAUGGGUAGUAGUAGAUAAUACUACUUUUUGAGAAAAAAAAAACACAACCAACCUUUGCUGUGUCACCGUUCUCAUUUUCAUCCAAAUUUUUUAGAAACAAGAAGAAAUGGAUAUUUUAUUUCUGUGGUUUAAAAAGGCACAAACUGAUUCUAAGAUAAAUGAUCAUAUACGUUUAUCGUUCAUAAGCUGAGACAUGCAUUAACACUGUUCUGCUUCCUCGGGCCCAUGUUGUGAAUAAGAUGUACCGAAUGUUCACUGUGUAGGUCGUGAGAAGACGUUGACUUGUUAUUGUUUGUUGUUGUUGCUACUUUGCCCCGAUGACUUGCAGCAUUGUCAGAGUAGUGACACGUUUUCUCUGUUUUGUUUUAUCCACUCAGUCCAGACGUUAGAUGAUGUUAAAGUAGAAAUAUCCAGGUACAGAACGUCCUCAGGCCAUUAAUAAAUAAAAAUAAUACAGUCUGAUGCUGUGCUGCCAUUAUGGUUCAGAAAAUCUGCACAAAGCCGUAAGACGAGUCUUAUGGUCCUGGAUUUUUCACUAGUGGGAAAACAGCUUUGAAAGUGAACAUUGCCUGUCGCGUUCCUUUUUUUGUUUGGUUCUAAAUGUGUGUAAAUUAAGUACUGUACAUGUG